AACCACUAGAGUUCCUACGUAGAUAUUACCCGGUCAAUCACGUGCCAGAUCAUCCUAAUGUCCACAUAAAACAGAAGUCCACAGCCAGAAUCUGGUGCAUACCCGGAUAAACCGUCGACGGUGUCGUGUGUUAACAGGCUCUAAAACCGUACACCUAUUGCUUCAUCAUGGAUGAUCUGACCAAGGAUCAAAUUGCUCUUUUGAAGAAAGCGUUCGACGCCUUCGAUCAUGACAAAAAGGGUAGCAUCGGUACUGACAUGGUGGGUACGAUAUUGACCAUGUUGGGCUACGAGCUCAGCGAGAAGACGCUGAAAGAGAUCAUCACUGAAGUUGACGAAGAUGGAUCCGGCCAAUUAGAAUUCGAAGAGUUCUGCACCCUAGCCGCCCGAUUCUUGGUGGAGGAAGAUUCGGAGGCUAUGCAGCAGGAAUUACGCGAGGCAUUCCGAUUGUACGACAAAGAAGGGAACGGCUACAUAACCACCGCAGUAUUCCGUGACAUUCUUCACGAGUUGGACGAUAAAUUGACGCCACAAGAGUUGGACAUGAUGAUAGAGGAAAUCGAUGCCGACGGUUCUGGAACGCUCGACUUCGACGAGUUUAUGGAAGUUAUGACCGGCGGUGACGAUUAAAUUGCAUAGUGGAUUGAUCAGGAUGGACAGGGCUGCGAUUAAACGCUACGACACGAUUGACACGAGUGCUGUUUCGUAUACCAAGCGCAAAAUCUUCGAUUGAUCAGUGGUUG